GAGCUGAGCAGACAUCAGGUGGACCAGCUGCAGAAAUGAGCUACCCUCUCUGCUGAUAGCAAGAGACAUUUAGACAACCAGCGGCAGAGAGGGGCUACCCACUCUAGGGCCUCCUCUCUGCUGAGAGCCUCAGAGACCUGCAGAGACAUGCAGACUACCAGCUGCAGAGAGGAGCAACCCACUCCAAAACCCCCUCUCUGCUGAGAGCUGCAGAGAUGACAGGAUGACCUACCUGAAGAGAGGAGCCUCCCAACCCAGGGUGUCUUCUCUGCCAGGAGCUGAACACUGAUCGGGACACCCUGACUGUGGAAAGUAGCUACCCUUUGUGGGUCUCCUGUGAGCUGUUCUAUUGCUCAAUAAUGCUCCUCUUCAUCUUGCUUUCCCUCCACCUGUCUGCAUACCUCAUUCUUCCUGGUCGAAGGACAAGAACUCAGGACCCACUGAAUGGUAGAGAUUUUGCAGAGGAGACAAAGAGCAAUUCUUAACAUCUGCCCAAGUGGAUCUCCCAGAAAGAAAGGCCAGGAGCUUGUCUGGAAAGAAAUUCUUACUUUUCUCAGCCAGACAUGGAGGCGUGUGCCUGUAGUCCCAGCUACUUGGGAGACUGAGAUAGAAGGAUCACUUGAGCCCAGGAGGCGGAGAUUGCAGUGAGCCAAGAUCACACCACUACAUUCCAGCCUGGGUAAUAAAAUGAGACUCUGUCAAAAAAAGAAAAAGAAAAAAGAAAAGAAAAAAACAGAAAUUCUUACUUUUCUGCUGACUUACAAGUGCUUGGGCUCGCUUCACUGAGGCUUCUGAAAGAACAGAGUGGCUUUGGUAUCCUGCUCAUGGGGACAGAACUGCUGAGGCCAAGAAAAAUGUUUGUCCUUUCUCCUCUGAAGGUUUGUUAACAAAAAAAAAUCACCCACAAAGGAGAUUAAUGGGAGAAAUAGCAUACAUAUUCAUUCAUAUGUUCAUGGAGGAGAAAUACAGAGUGAUUCCCCCUUCUUGAGAAACAGUAAGUCUCAAAGAAAGAGACUUUCUUUCACUCCCUUUUAUCCAGGGGUAAGAACAACUAGCUGAACAAAACUGACAGCUGUCAAUCAAGUGGGAAGUCCAAAACUCAUGAGAGACCCACCCAGUUUUCAAUCAUCAUGAAGGAGCCAGGGGCUCAAUGGCCCCUGCUGGUACCAAGUUGCCAGGUCCCUGCAAUGUUCCAGACAAAGACAGUGAUGGUAAAAAGGGAAAAGUGGAGGUAGAAUGCAAGUGCAGCAGCAGGAAGAUAUGGGACUCUCCGUUUUAGGGUCUUCAAGUUUUUCAGAUUUUCUGAGACAUGGGUUAACUCUUCAGGUUAGUCUCCUAUUAAAACACAGCCAAAGUCCCAAUUGUGUUUGAAACUUUCAAAAAUGCAGAUUGAAAGAAAGCCUCUUACUGUCUUUGAGAAGUCCAGACUCCUCUUAUCCUCAUUGCAUGCUUCAGAGUUCAAUUUAGGUGUAUCUCACACAUCCAUUUCUGUCAAGCCUUUACCUUUAAAUUUUAAACUUGAAAAACUGCCAGAUCAGAGACAGAGCCACUGAAUUACCCGAUGGCAGGCCUUAGAGACCAUGGCCUUAGGACCUACGUUAUGCAUAGCCCUCACCUUAGGAAGGGGUCCCUUCAAGGGCAAAUAAAAUGCGAUAGUCCUUGCAACACUGAAGCAUGGAGUAUCCUGUGAGGCAUGAACUUGCUUGAUGCAGCAUGAAUGCACCCCAAGAAACAUGGGCAUGCCCCUCCAAGUGCAAGCAUACCCCACAAGUGGGUAGCCAUAGAGCCAGAAGGGCAGGUUCCCUGAAAAAAAUAAAGACCUCAAGACCUCAUCCUAAAUGUGAGAUCUUGGAUGUAAGAGGAUUUACUGAUUUUUCCACAAAACAGCCAGGCCAGGAAGAUAACUGAGCUUAGAGGACUCUUGCUGGUGCCAAUGCAUUGAUUAGUCCAGAUGGCACAAGGGAGAGGAUCUUGAGAGCCAAUUUUGAUCCCUUCCUCAUCACCAAGAAAUAUGAGUAAAGAUUGUGGGAUCUGUGGAGGACAGAGGGAGAGCUUCAUUUUCUAUAAAACACAGUCCGCAGAUUGAGGAGAUGCAGCCUCGGAGGUGGAGAGCUAUAAAGUCAAAAACCACAGAGCAGGAUAGAGGAGUCAGAGGAGUGAAGAAAAGAGUCUUGAUUGGACAGCCUUUAAGCCCCAAGUCACAUGUCUCUUAAUUGGCUGUUCCUAGGUGGUCAGUUAGUUCUUACCACAUGAUCUGUUGGUGAGCAGUUGGAAAAUUCCCAGGUACAGAUUUUUUCAGAAAAUGUUAUUUGACUUGGCUACAGAAAAAUAGGUUUUGCAACACUUACUAAGAACACAGAGAACAUGACCAUCACCUAAACCUGCCAUGGCCUCUUGGGUUUGUUUUUGCUUUUGAGGCACAGGGAGUCCUUCUUGUCUGUUUACCUGGAGGCAUGAUUUGGCAACCUAGAUAACAAACAGAGAUAGGCUUUCUAAAAAGAAUUAUUUUUAUUUGGGAAUAAAGCAUUGCAAUGGGAAUAUGCGUGCCAGGGUAAACUAUGUGCUUAUUCAGGUAGGUAAAGUAAGACAAAGUUUAAAAAAAUAAUGAGAAGGAUUACAUAUUUGUUUUGGAAUGAUUAUCCUUGGCUAUAAAGAUCAAUAACAAGACUGACAUCAGUUUGAGGUUGGACAGGCAGUUGCUGGGCAGAUGUUCUUGCAGAAGUAUUUUUCUUUAGGUUUCUGAGAAUCUAUAACCUUUGGGCUUACCAAUAGCAGUGACUGAUUUGUUUACUGAUUGUUCACAGAAUAGGAAAUCAAAGGAGGCCAAAAUAAGGACAGCCAUAAUUAUUUGCCAAUUGUCAAUUUGAAAAGGGUACCCAAAUCCCUCCAUAUGAGGAGUAGCAUAAGUGGCUUUUCUACUGGCUGCCGCUGUAGACCCACCUCCUUCUCCAGCACAUAAAUAUCGCUGUUAACAUUAACUAAAUCACCUCUGGGCAGAGAAACAAAGCUCUAUAUGCACAGCCCAGCAAAGAGCAGCACACAGCUGAAAGAAAAACUCAGAAGACAGAGCUGAAAAAGAAAACUGGUGAUGGAUCUCAUUCCAAACUUUGCCAUGGAAACAUGGGUUCUCGUGGCUACCAGUCUGGUACUCCUCUAUAUUUAUGGGACCCAUUCACAUAAACUUUUUAAGAAGCUGGGAAUUCCUGGGCCAACCCCUCUGCCUUUUCUGGGAACUAUUUUGUUCUACCUUAGGGGUCUUUGGAAUUUUGACAGAGAAUGUAAUGAAAAAUACGGAGAAAUGUGGGAGCUGUAUGAGGGGCAACAGCCCAUGCUGGUCAUCAUGGAUCCCGACAUGAUCAAAACAGUGCUAGUGAAAGAAUGUUACUCUGUCUUCACAAACCGGCUGCCUUUAGGUCCAAUGGGAUUUCUGAAAAGUGCCUUAAGUUUUGCUGAAGAUGAAGAAUGGAAGAGAAUACGAACACUGCUAUCUCCAGCUUUCACCAGUGUGAAAUUCAAGGAAAUGGUCCCCAUAAUUUCCCAAUGUGGAGAUAUGUUGGUGAGAAGCCUGAGGCAGGAAGCAGAGAACAGCAAGUCCAUCAACUUGAAAGAUUUCUUUGGGGCCUACACCAUGGAUGUAAUCACUGGCACAUUAUUUGGAGUGAACUUGGAUUCUCUCAACAACCCACAAGAUCCCUUUCUGAAAAAUAUGAAGAAGCUUUUAAAAUUGGAUUUUUUGGAUCCCUUUUUACUCUUAAUAUCACUCUUUCCAUUUCUUACCCCAGUUUUUGAAGCCCUAAAUAUCGGUUUGUUUCCAAAAGAUGUUACCCAUUUUUUAAAAAAUUCCAUUGAAAGGAUGAAAGAAAGUCGCCUCAAAGAUAAGCAAAAGCAUCGAGUAGAUUUCUUUCAACAGAUGAUCGACUCCCAGAAUUCCAAAGAAACAAAGUCCCAUAAAGCUCUGUCUGAUCUGGAGCUUGUGGCCCAGUCAAUUAUCAUCAUUUUUGCUGCCUAUGACACAACUAGCACCACUCUCCCCUUCAUUAUGUAUGAACUGGCCACUCACCCUGAUGUCCAGCAGAAACUGCAGGAGGAGAUUGACGCAGUUUUACCCAAUAAGGCACCUGUCACCUACGAUGCCCUGGUACAGAUGGAGUACCUUGACAUGGUGGUGAAUGAAACGCUCAGAUUAUUCCCAGUUGUUAGUAGAGUUACGAGAGUCUGCAAGAAAGAUAUUGAAAUCAAUGGAGUGUUCAUUCCCAAAGGGUUAGCAGUGAUGGUUCCAAUCUAUGCUCUUCACCAUGACCCAAAGUACUGGACAGAGCCUGAGAAGUUCUGCCCUGAAAGAGGACUUCUGUGUUUCCUCCAUCUUGGCACUUCCACCUCCUGUGGCUGCACCAACACAAAAUCAGAGACCACUCAUUGUACUUCUCUUUGCAUCAUUCAGUCACCAAACAGAUAUAGGUUCAGUAAGAAGAACAAGGACAGCAUAGAUCUUUACAGAUACAUACCUUUUGGAGCUGGACCCCAAAACUGCAUUGGCAUGAGGUUUGCUCUCACAAACAUAAAACUUGGUGUCAUUAGAGCACUGCAGAACUUCUCCUUCAAACCUUGUAAAGAGACUCAGAUCCCACUGAAAUUAGACAAUCUACCAAUUCUUCAACCAGAAAAACCUAUUGUUCUAAAAGUGCACUUAAGAGAUGGGAUUACAAGUGGACCCUGACUUUCCCUAAGGACUUCCACUUUGUUCAAGAAAGCUGUAUCCCAGAACACUAGACACUUCAAAUUGUUUUGUGAAUAAAACUCAGAAAUGAAGAUGAGCUUAAUUAA